ACAGCCAAAACAUGUUUUGCUCUGAAGAAACUGCAACUGCUUCCGAGGGCUUAGAUGCAAACAAAGAUAUAAUGGCCAAGUUAGAUUUAAUUUUGGAAAAGCAAUUGAACUUGGAAAGUCGCCUGGACAAAUUGGAAGAAAACAUAAUUAAUAAAACUGAUGUCAUGGCCCACCACAAAAUCGUGCGAGAGACGAAAGUCCUAGUAAAAAAGGUGCAGCAGACAGUGUGCCGCAUCUCGGGAGAAAGUUGCGAAGACUUUCACACCGAACUGGCAGUUCUUAUGCCAAUGCAGACCUUGGAUGCGGUCUUUGAUUUGGAGGAGAAGAUAUUAGAAAAAAAAUUAUGA